AUGGAGCGAGGGGAAUUGGAUUGGGCUCUUGAGGGGUGGGGCCGGAGGGACCAGUGGGCCGACAGUCGACAGACGGGCCAAAGCCUGGGCUGUGGCCAGUCGGGCUUUCGACUGAUCCCGCCUUCGGUGGGACCCACCGUACCUCAACUUGUCAUCGAACUUGACCAAGUCCCUCUACUACUCCGAGGGUCCGACUUUCCGCGCAUCAUGCCGUUGCUAAAGUACUUCAACUGCAUCGCGACUGCCGAUGGCCCGUCUUACGUCUGCCUGAUUUGCAAUAACGCUCGUCCCACCAAGGAUUACCGGCGGCACAGUCGACGCUACAAUCAUCAAGUGAACAUUGCAAGGCACGAGGAAGCUGAACUAAUACGGCGUCACGAUGAUGUGAACUAUGAUAAUAUUGAUGUGCAGCCAGAUAUCCUAGAUUCACCCGAAGGACUGCAAGGUCGUGCGCGGACGGCACCUGCAUCGGCCGAAGGCGGAGUCGCAACCGUGGGGCCGUCGUUACCGGGCGGGUUCGACCUCUCAAGCGGUCCAAGCGGUGAAAACUCAGGCGGCUUGCGUGACACGGCCGUGCCCGUAGAAGAAGAACCAGCCUUGCCGGAGGACCUACAUAAUGACGACGAUGGCUUAUACGAUCUACUUAAUGCCGAGGGUAGCUUAUCCGACAAUGGCGAUGGGACCCCUGGGAACUCUGGCAACCGAGGCGGGGCUACGGCGGCCGAGCCAAUGGCACAGGCCGAUUGGUUCCCAUUUAGAAAUAAGAUGAUAAGAGGAAUCCUCAGGUUAUGUGACAUGCAGAUUCCUGAUUGGGGGACGGUACGGGACUCCAGGGCUCGGAUCCGGGAUAUCACCCAGUCAACGGACUUGGGCAAUCCUCUGGUUAGCCCUCACUUGGAGUUUUAUCCGGACAACACAGAGGGUCAAAAUGUAUCGCGAUUUUCUCAAUCCCUCAAGUGGCUUCAGUACAUGGCUCCUGAGGACCGUGCCCAGAUGUGCGACGUAAAUGACAAGCAUUUUUACAUAUUUGAACCGGUUCAGCUUUUGACUAAAGAGGUGGUUGUGCCAAUCUUCUUGUACAUGUACCAUUGGCGAUUGCAUGCAAAAUGCAUUGAGAUCGGCGCGGAUCAUGUGACUGAGUUGGGGGAACAAACGAGGAUCACCAUUCCAUCGAGCUUGGCAUUUGACGACCACCGGUUGACUGCUUGGGACAUACGAGAAUUUGAUUUGACGUACUCGGAAAUCCGCAUGGGGGAUGGGAUAUUGCUGACUGAGGCAUGUGGAGGCUCCAUAUAUGAUUCGGAUGGCCUGGUUGACAGAGAGAUCCCCUUGCCUAACCAUUGGAGAACUGUCGCGGAUGGGAAAGUGAUCCGGAAUGUCCCAGUGACACUAUACUGCGAUGAUACGUCGGGAAAUACGUCUAAACAGUUUAACAAACAUGUGUCGUUUUACUUCACACUAUCGGGUCUUCCACCACAUGUGUCAAACCAGGAAUUCAACUGCCAUUUCCUGUCAACUUCAAACAUCGGAAGCGCAUUGGAGAUUGCAGAGCAGGUUGUUGAUGAAUUCAAUGAGAUGGGGACUAAAGGUUAUGGAGCGUACGAUGCAUCUAUUGGACAGUCGGUUUGGGUAAUGUCUACUGUAUUGUGCUUCCUGGCGGACUCGCCAAUGCACGCGGAAAUAACCAAUACUCCAAACCCGGGUCAGUCCCUCAACCCUUGCCGAGUGUGUACACUAUCGUGCGAGAAGAAGAGCAUGAAGACGUCCAGGGAGUAUGUACAGCGGUUUUUGGGAUUGGAUAAUUUGGGGAUAUUAGUCCCUAAUGCAAUGCGAUCGUGGGACGGAACACGGAUGGAAACCAAACGGUUGUUCUCAGUGGCCCGGUCGGUCAACAUGACUCAGUUCAAAAAACAGUGCCUUGCUUCAGGAAUAAAAGAUGCAAUUAACAUCAGGCUCCUGACGGAUGCGAAAACGAGCGAUAGGGUGAACACCACCAUGGAGGAGUUGCAAAAUGCUCAAUCCAAUCGGUUAUAUAAUGCUUUUUUAAAGCUGCACGGGUUUGAUGGGGUCUUAGAUACACCGGUGGAGGUGCUGCAUGUGGUCUUACUAGGCAUCGUGAAAUACCUGGCCCGCGACUUCAUCAAAUCGCUAUCGGAAACAGUCAAGUUAGAAUUGAUAGCUCGACUCCGAUCGUUCAACUGCAACGCCCUGAACAUCGACUCACUCAAACCUAACUAUUUGAUUCGUCACAUUCUGAGUAUAGUGGGUCGCGACUUCAAGGUUAUCUUGCAAUGUGCUCCCUUUGUCUUCUUUGAUUACAUGACCGAGGAGAAACGGAAGAUAUGGUCUGCAUUAUGUCGGCUAUCCCCCUUCAUAUUCCAAACGAGUAUUGCAGACAUGGGCGAGUACCAAAUUCAGUUGAAACUUCACAUUGACAUUUUCCUCUACCACUUAAUCAGUUCAACGGCCCAAUGGGUCAAUAAACCAAAAAUUCACAUGCUCCGCCACCUGCCUGAGGCUAUCCUGCGAUUUGGGCCUGCUUCACUCUGUUCGACAGAGAAGUUCGAGUCGUAUAACGGUGUCUUGCGAAAGGCCUCGGUCCACUCAAACAAAUUGGCCCCUGGCAGGGACAUUGCGCUUACCUUUAACAGCUAUGCGUGUAUAAAGUUCUGGCUCUCGGGUGGUUACCUAAUCGACCGAUCGACUGGUUUAUUGACAAGAGCUUCGAGUCAGGUCCGGCAGGCUUUCGACGAGAAUCCGAAUUUGCAGGAGUCUUUGGGAUACAAUGCGUCUGCAACAUUCCUUCCUGGCCGAGACGAGUUCCCCGCAUGCCAUGCAGGCCACUACCGAUUGCAAUCAACAUUCAACCCGCCAGCGAGUCUAGUUGAUUUGGCAGCGACUCUCUGUCGACAGCGUGAGAGAUUAAUCCUGAGAAGAAAACGAGGAUCUCCGGCGGUUCGGGGGCUAAAUGGCUCGUGUAUGGUCGGCGAGGUCGACUCAAUUUGGGAGGUCGAUUGGGGUUAUGCAAUCACUUAUCAUUUGGAUGUGGUAGGUUUCGAUGUGGACGGUUAUGAUGAACAUUACGAUAUGACUCGCAUCGCGCGGACGGGUUACAUUCACCUGGUCAAUGCUACGGAUGUCGCGGGGGCCAUAAAUGUGCAGCACAACUGCCAUGGGGGCGGUUGCCAGCUGGAUCGAACGGGAUCGACAUUCCGCGAGCGCAUCCUGACCGAGGAUAAGUGUGACGAGGUUCAGCACUCGGAUAUUGACCACUUUCUGAUCAAUGCGGCCUCAUUACACAACCCGGGUUUGCAUCAACAGAUGAGCCUGCCAGCGGCAUUGCCCAUAUCCCCUUCUGAUUGGCGGGACGCUAUAUCUCUCGGACUUGAGGUGUGGGGCCAUCCCAAUGAGCCAGGAUUAGAUUCUGAUGAUUCCGAUGACAUGAGCGAGGCAACACAGGAGGAGGAGGAGGAUGAAAUGUAG